UUUAAAACACCUAGAACAAAAUCGACAAUCUACACAGGUCUUUUCUGUUAUAUAUUUUAUAUUUUAGCAUUCUCUAUUUCACUCAGAAACAAAACUAGACACUAAAUUGAUACAAAAUGUUGCCUGCAACUUUCAAACUGUGCGCUGGCAUCUCCUACCGACAUAUGAGGAACAUGACAGGUUUGAGGAAGAAUGCAAUGGUGGCCAUUCACCAUGAGUUGAACAUGCUAGCAGGCCCUAACCCUCGCAACUGGAUCAGCCAUGUUCGCCGCAGGAGCUCACUGCUCAGCUUGCGGAUCGAGGAGGAGCAGGGCUUUAAUGAGGCGGAGGUGUCGUAUGUGAAGCAAGGAGAGGAGGCGCUGCAGAAGUCUAUCAGCAUCCUCGGCGAUCAGGACGGAUGGACCACUGAGAUCAUUGCUGCAAAUGGAGACAAGGUGCAGAGUAAGGUGUUACCUGACGUGGGGAAGGUGUUUAAGCUGGAGGUGCUGUUGGACCAGCGCUCUGAUAACCUUUAUGGGGAGCUGGUGGGCAACAUGGAGCAGAUGGGAGACUGGAACCCCAAUGUCAAAGAGGUCAAGAUUCUCCAGAAGAUAGGUCAGGAGACCAUGGUGACCCAUGAGGUGUCUGGACCCACGCCUGGUAACGUGGUGGGGCCACGGGACUUCGUUAGUGUUCGCUGUGCCAAGCGCCGGGGGUCCACGUGCUUCCUGGCUGGCAUGUCCACUCAGCACCCCACCAUGCCCGAACAGAGGGGUGUUGUCAGGGCGGAGAAUGGACCAACAUGUAUAGUGAUGCGGCCCAGUGCCGAUGAUCCAAACAAGACCAAGUUCACCUGGUUAUUAAGCAUAGAUUUAAAGGGUUGGAUCCCAAAGACCAUCAUAAACAAAGUGCUCUCUCAGACACAGGUAGACUUUGCCAACCACCUGAGGCAGAGGAUGGCCAGCAACAGUGAUUCCAUGGAGAUGGUCCCAGCCUGCUGACACACCAUCUGCCAUGCCCUCUGACCUUUCGAUUGGUGUGUACACCAAUGGCAGGCCACCAAAUGGAGAGCUCCGCCCAGUCCUCAUUGCCACUUCCUACAUCAAAGACACUCAAAUAGGAUCAGGACCAAUGGGCCAAACUAACUUCUCUUCUGAGAUCUUAGGACAGAAUUGGAGUACAAUUGAGUGACGCCUUGUUCUUCUGAAUCCUGGAUCCAUUAACAGUCGAAAGUGGCUCUCUCCUCAUGUCCUUCCCUUCAUACCAAUCUAAAAGAACUGGUCUAUAUCCUCACCUAACCCGUUCACACACAAGUCCAGAUGAAGGGGAGAGACUAGGAAAGGACACUUCAGAGUAAAUGCACCCCCGUGUGCCUCUUUCACACAGCACACACCCUCUUCUCAAAACAUACACACAUUCCACUUUACUACUGAGUCUGUUUAGUGUCUUGAUGGUAUAAUAACUAUCCAAAUCACUUUUUAUCCAGCCAUAGCACACAUUGUUAUUGUACCUUCAAUGUGAAAUGUGUUAUUUAAAUAUUAUAUUUAUUGUAAAACAAUGUCAUUGUAUUACACUGAGUUAGGA